GCUUCUAUGGCGUUACUAAGUUUGACGACACCUAAAAAACGCGCGCACGCUCCGCUUCCCAUUGGCUGCAGAGCGCGCGAGAGUGAGCUCCCCUCUCCGGCUGCUGAGGACUGCUCGCUUCAUCCUUGUCUGUGCGAGGAGACGGGGCUUGUCAUGCUGCGAAACGGCGCACACAGAAGCAUGUACCAGGGAGAGGAGGCGAGGCUGCGCAGUGGGAACGUGGCUGCAUCCCGGGAAAGGAAGCACCUUGCCCUGUGCAUUAACAGCCAGGAGGAAGUGAAGAGGUAUCAUCGCUAUUGCAAUCACAGUGGAGGACAAGCAAUGAAGCAGGAGAGGAGCAGCUCUCGCCGCAAAGAGGAAGAUGUUGACAAUAAAACUCGUCGCUUGGAAAUCAAGGCUACUGUGAUUCAGCGGGCCUGGCGUGCUAAACGGGGCAAGUGGACCGGCCAAGAGAAGAAUCUCCAGAGCUUGGCGGUGCCAUCCAGCCUCCUGAUGACUACUAAUAUUUCUGUGGAGCAGCUGAAGACUCUCCAGAGUGAUUUGGAGCAGGUGGACAGUGGCCAUUUCCAGCUGCAGAGUGAUCACCUGACCGGAGACUUGGACAACAUCAAUAUGAAUCUACACCCCAUUGAGACCAAGGUGUUGAUUAUUCAGAGGGCCUGGCGUGACUUCCUUCAGAGACAGGAAGUGGAGAAGAGAAGCCCCUCCCCUCCAUCCCUCUCCUCCUCUGACAAGAUGAGCAUGUCCAUCAGCAUGACGACCCUGUCAGAUGGCAGCACCCCAGAUUACCGAGAGGAUGGCAUGGACCUGGGCAGCGACGCCUCCAGUCGCUCCAGCUCCGAGUCAAACUCCAACAAGGUGACGCCCUGCUCCCCCUCCAUUGACCUGGCUGCUCUGGAGGACUACGAGGAGGACGAGGACUACCAGCACUACAAGAAGAAGGUGAUUGAGGAGUGGGAGAGCGAGUACCGAGGUAACUAUAGUUCCUCACAGCACCCUGGUCCAGAGGAGGGUGGAGGAGGUGAUGAUCGGGCCAAUGAUCAGGAUGGGAGCUACAUAAAGACUGUGAACAGUCAUAGUUUGGAAGAUGGACUGCACGAUAUGAAGACUGCGCCAGACCCCCUGACCCCCAGUGGACAUACUGCCUCAGGCAAUUCCAUCCCAGAGGAACUUAAACAGAAUGGAAAUAUGAUUGUGCCACGCAGCAGCCAGCUGCAGCCUCUUGGAGCAGGACACGAGGGCACAGAGACGUCCUCACAGCGCAGCUCUGGGCAGGCCCGAAUGAGCCGCUAUGCCAGGGCUGCAGCAGAGACAGGGGGGCACACAGGGAGGUACAGGCAGGACCCGGGGGUGGAGGAGGAGCCUCUGCCCACCAUGGACUGGGCCGCUCUGGAGAGACAUCUGGCUGGUCUGCAGUGCAGAGAGCAGGAAAACCAGAACCUCAACCACAACUAUAACUACAUGACUGGCAAAACCAACUACACCUCAGCCCAAAAGAAUGAGAGAGAGUCCAUCAGGCAGAAGUUGGCACUGGGCAGUUUCUUCGACGAUGGCCCGGGAAUCUACACCAGCUGCAGCAAGAGCGGUAAACCAAGCUUGUCCUCACGGCUGCAGAGCGGGAUGAACCUCCAAAUCUGUUUUGUGAAUGACAGCGGCAGCGACAAGGACAGUGAUGCUGAUGACAGCAAGACAGAGACCAGCCUGGACACUCCUCUGUCCCCCAUGUCCAAGCAGAGUUCAUCGUACUCGGACAGGGAUACCACAGAGGAGGAUUCGGAGUCUUUGGAGGACAUGGACUUCCUGAGCAGGCAGAAGAAGCUUCAGGCCGAGGCCAAACUGGCCCUGGCUAUGGCCAAACCCAUGGCCAAGAUGCAGGUGGAGGUGGAGAAACAGAACCGCAAGAAGUCCCCCGUAGCUGACCUACUUCCACACAUGCCCCACAUCAGUGAGUGUCUGAUGAAGAGGAGCCUGAAGCCCACUGACCUGAGGGACAUGACUGUGGGACAACUCCAGGUCAUAGUCAACGACCUGCACUCCCAGAUCGAGAGUCUGAACGAAGAGCUUGUACAAUUGCUGCUUAUUCGAGACGAACUGCACAUGGAGCAAGAUGCAAUGUUAGUGGACAUAGAGGAUCUCACCAGGCAUGCUGAGAGCCAGCAGAAACAUUUGGCUGAAAGGACCCUAUCCAAAUAACAGGCCCCUCUGAUCCAUUCUCCACCGCUGAGCUGUGCCCUGGCCCACCCUGUCCACACCUGUCCCAUGUGUAUCCACUCCACCCUCCAGGCUUGUCCUCGGUAUAUCACUGCUGUGCCCCACUCCUCCUUCCUGUCCGCCCAAUGCUCCUUAUAUUGCAGAAGCAGCACAGGUAGACAGCGCUCCUCUCAUUUGCUUCUGUGGUCUAUCCAAGCGCCGCUAAAGACUGUCGGGCACUUCUUACUUCCUGAGAGAAGAGGAAACAGUGUGUCGUCAUGGAUAAUGUUCCAAGCUUCCUGUGCAGUGAUCAGCCUUGCUUUGCUCUAGUUUCUUUUUCAACUGUAUACAUUUGCCACUAAAUUAUAACUGUCAAUGCAAAUAUGUGGGAAAAAUACUAGUGUAAUAAUUAGUUGAAAGUCAUGCGAAAAAACAACAUUGUAUAGAAAUAAAAGAUGAUUUUUUGGAGACCAUGUUCAGUUGGAAAAUAACUUUCAAGUAUUCUCAAGUCAGUCUGUUUUUAUUCUGCACAAAUGGUAGUUUUCAACUGAGAAAUGUUCUUUUGAAGGUGCUAAAAGAGUGUAAAGGAACAAUGCUUGCCUUGUAGUGAAAUCGUAGCUUUUGGUAAGUCACUCUUAUCGCUCUUCAACAUUUUGUGAAUGUUGAUUUUCGGACACCAGUCAUUUGAAACAAAUAAGUGUGUUAAUAUUGUUUUCAUCCUACUGUAUUGAGAAAUUUUAUUUGAGGGAAGAGAUGUUUAUGUACAGAUAUGUAAAAUAAAGAUCAACUUUGUUUCA